CGCGUCCACCUUUCCUCCUUGGCUGUGCUUCAGCUACGCGCUCCUCUGCGCUCUCCGGAGUGCUGGCGCGCGCGGUUCAGGCAGAGGGUGGUGGGCGGGAUAGCCACAUUCUGAACCAAUCGGAGUAGCCUCCCUCUGACGCUGAGAGUCGCCUCCUCACCAAUAGCUGGUGGGCACGGAGGAUGCUCUUCUGCAGCAGCUGGCCGAUUCGAUGCUCAAGGAGGACUGCGCCUCCGACCUGAAGGUCCACCUGGCGCAGUCCCUCCCUCUGCCUUCCAAUGUGACGCGCCCCCGCAUUGACCUGAUUGUGUUCGUGGUCAACCUCCACAGCAAAUACAGCCUUCAGAAUGUGGAGGAGUCCCUGCGCCACGUGGACGCCGCCUUCUUCCUGGGGAAGGUGGGCUUCCUCGCCACGGGCGCCGGGCGGGACAGUCACUGCAGCGUGCACCGGAACACCGUGCUGAGGCUGGCCCAGGCCUACCGGAGCCCCCUGCUCUUCUGUGACCUGGAGGUGGACAGCUUCCGAGUCAGCAUGGCGCAGCGCCUGGUCCGCAUGCUGCAGGUCUGCGCCGGCCACGUGCCGGGCGUGUCGGCCCUGAACCUGCUGUCCCUGAUGGGCAGCUCCGAGAACCCCUCCGCGGAGGGCCUGUGACGGCCGCCGGGCCAGCGGGGCAGCUUCCCCGGGGAACCCCGACUCCGUGCUCCAGCGGGGCGCGCUAUGGGGGAGCCCAGUCGUGGGACCAGCCCCUGUCCCACCCCCACAACCCCACUCACUCACUCACUCGGCUUUGUCCAUCAGACAGGGUCCAUCCCACUCAGGACUUCCUGUGAACACGGAGCCUGUGGCCAAAACCAGUUGAAACGCCAUUGGCCCCACCCACCGCUUCCGUGCUGCGGAUGGGCUGACUCGGAAGCACUGAGAGCGGGCGCGGGCGGGGGAGCUUGGCCUCGGUGGGCCCACCCAGUCCGCCUCCACGUCUGGGCCUGGCUGUUCUCAGGGCACCUGGUUGUUGUCUCUCGGAGUCUCGGCUUCCCCGGGAGGUGCUGGAGCUCGUGCUCCCUUUCCGCGCGGUGGGGACCGCACCCAGCAACGACGGGGAAGGCCCGAGCUGGCGGCUUCGCUCCCUGUGCUCGCUCGCGCCCGUGUGUUACUUAAUAAACUGCGUUACUGCCAGGCG